AUGUCGGAAACACCUCCUGAACAGUCGCCACAGCGCAUGUCGACUCGAAAUCAAGCUCGAGUCAACUACACGGAUAUGGCAUCUGGAAAUACCUCUAGUGAAAAAGAACCAGUGUUCCGCUCACCAACUGCUAGUACUCGAGGACGGAAGAAGCGCCCCGCUAAUGAUGUAUCAGAUCUUUCUACAAGCUUUGGAAAUCUUAGCAGCUUCAACACUCCACCAAAGCGAGGGCGACCUCGUGGAGCAGCGCUAGGAAGUGCUCGCGGUGGUCGAGCUCCGAUGGUUCGCAGAGUCACCACCGACGAGCCAUCAGAUGUUGAAGAGCGCGAGCUUGUUGCUGCUGUGAAGUCAGGAAAGAAGAUUCAAGAAGCCGUUGAUAAAUGGAUUGCUAGAUAUAAUGAGAAAUUCCUAGUGGCUACUGCAGAAAUGCAUCAAUUUUUCUUUGCGAUUUGUGGAUGUAAAGGAACAAUCACUCCACAAAUGUCUGCUACACUCUCAUACAAGUUUGUUUACAUUUACCUCAAAUACCUAAUUUAUCUUAUUUUCAGAGAUAUCAUUUGUCAGAUGACAGAAGAUUUCGAAGAAGACUCUGCAGAUUAUCCAAUUGUUCAUGGAGGAAGCUUGAAAAAAGUUCGAGCCAAUUUACACACUUUCCUUCAUUGUCUAAUCGGUCAAACGAAAUCUUUUAUGCUUUUCGAUAGCAGUCUUAUGGACGGAUUUGUUCAACUUCUCACCGGAAUGGCUGACAGUCAAGUCAGAGCGUUCCGUCACACGGCAACAUUCUGCGCAAUGAAAAUCUCGUCCGCUCUUGUCGAUGUGACGAUUGAAUUAACGCAAUCCAAAGACAAAACAUCAAGACAAAUUGAAGCGGAAAAGGCUAAACUGAAGAAUAACUCUGCUGGAAACGAGAAGUACGAGGCUCUAAUCGCACAAAGAACUCAAACGGAAGAACGUGCCGAGGAAAUCCGUCAAAUCAUUGGAUACCUAUUCAGAAGUGUUUUUGUUCAUCGUUAUCGUGACGUCGUCCCGGAUAUUCGCUGCAUCUGUAUUCAAGAACUUGGUCACUGGAUGGAUGUCUAUCCUGAACAUUUCGUUGAUGAUUCCUACCUGAAAUACAUUGGUUGGUCACUAUUCGACAAAGUAGGAGAUGUCAGACAUCGAUGCAUUAGUGCACUCAUUCCAUUGUUCGACAAACCAUCGAUUCUUGACAAGUUGGAGCUUUUUGUCAAUAAAUUCAAAGAACGACUCGUCUCGAUGCUUCUUGACAAAGAUCUCGAUACAAGUAUCGAAACCGUUCAACUUAUGAGAGUUCUCUAUACUCAUUUCCCAACACUUCUAACCAUGAAGGACACUGUACCUUUGUAUGAGUUGAUUUAUGCCUCCAAUCGACAACUAGCUGUUGCUGCAGCAAUGUUUCUCAACACCAAGGUCUUCUGCAAUCCAGACAAACCAACAAAGAUGCCCAUCGCAAAAAACGCGCCAUUGAUAAAGGAUCUUGUCACAUUCUAUAUUGAGGGAGAUCUCCAUCAGCACGGAACAUACUUGAUCGACGCAUUCUUCGACACUAAUCCUAUGGUUAAAGAUUGGGCUACAAUGUGUGAUUUGCUGCUAAAUGAUCAGUACCAACUUGAUCCUAAAUACGAGUCUGUCGUUAUCGAGUUCCUGGCAUGUUCUGUGACACAGUCUGCAACAGGAGAACCACCAGUUGGCCGUCAGAUUAUUAAGAAAGGGGCUCCAUCAGCCAAAGAAGCUCGUGAUUUGAUCGAAGAUCGGGCUCGCUUCACUGAAAUUUUGAUUCCACUUGUUCCACGUCUUCUCACCAAGUUCAGUUCUGACAUUGAGAAAGUUAUCAAUUUGGUCAAUAUUCCUAUGCACUUCCAGUUGGAUAUGUAUUUAUCGGCUAGAAUGCAAACGGUAAGACGGAUAUUUUGGAAACCUUUCAAAAUUUUACUAUUCCAGCAUUUAACUGAACUUGUGUCGGCGUUGGAUUCGUUGGUUGAGAAGCAUAUAGAUGAAGAACUUCUCAAAGCAGUUGCUGAACUUUAUUAUCACUUAUCAAACUACUCUCCGAUCUCUGUACAAGUGGAAAACCAUAAAAUGAAGCUUCUGGACGGAGUCGCCGCUUACAUUAGAAAAGCGGUGCAACAAAUGGACGAAGAUCAGAUGGGCGAAGAAGAGGAAGCUCUCUUCGUGUCUUACAUAAAGAGAAUGGCGGCUUUCGCUGGUUUCAUGGACCUCCGUCAUUGGGAUCUUUGGGAUAUACUUGUUAAAAUCAUGGGAAACUAUAAUCGCGAGGACACCCAGAGAGACGUUCGCGAAAGAUCCAUGCAAAUGCUAUUCGUUCAACUAACCUUCGACCUUGGAAACCUCACAAAAGAAGGAGAAACGCCGAAGGCCGAUCAAGUUCGAAAACUCAAAAAGCGACGAGACCAGUUGAUUCGCAUUCUGAAGAAAACUUUGGCUGAAGACGCCAGUGGAGUUGAACAGGCGUAUCUUGCUAUUUGUGAUAUGAUGAUUAUGUUUGGAAGUCCGUUGGCUGCUGAUUGCAAGGCUAUGGAACCGCUCGUUUGGAGGCCAGAUUUUGAAUUUCUCGCCGAUGUGAAAAUCUUUUUGAAAACCAAUGCGUUCGAAGAUCCCAACAUGGAUGAUAUGGAUCAGCAGAAAAAGAUCGAAAUUAUGCACAAAAUGCGUCAGCUGGUUGCUCAAUACGCCAAACUGAUCAUCCACGGUGCGAUGCCGAUAGCGGAAGCGUCCGAGCUCAUCAAAAGAUACCACUCCCACUAUCAGGAUUUCGGAGAUAUUUUCAAAAAUUUAUUAUCAAAGUGCCGAGAAAUUUCGUUCGUUGAUACUGGUGUAAUGAUUGGCGAUGCUCUUCAAACGCUCUAUACAGAAAUGGAUCGAGCACAAAAGAUGGAUCCGGUUUGCGAACAAUUCAACAGUCUUCGUGAUCUUGCCAGACGACUGACACCUGCAUUAGGAUCGGAUUGUUCCAAGAACCGAUAUGCCGUGACAUCGCUGCACAAGAAUGCUAUCGAUUUUGCCUUCCAGGAGUACAAAGGAGAUGCUAUGCCUCCGAACAUGCACUUCCUUGAAAUCGCAAUUGAAUUCAGCGGAAAACUGUUGGCUCAAGAUAAAACUGCUGUUAGCCGCUAUCUCCAAAAAGUCUACUUGGCCAAAAUCGGAACUGUUGAGCAUGUGUGGGAGCCGUACCGUCUCUACAAUGCCUCACUCAAGGAGCGUCCUGAUGACGACAACAUGUCGGUUCGCAGUGGAAUGACCGUUGCUUCGAGCGCGACAAUGCGCAGUACAGCUUCGGCGGCUCGCGGAAGAGGACGUGGACGUCGUGCCAGAGCAGUGGACGACUUUUAA